CUCUUUGGUAAGUUUAGCGAUAAACUUACCAAAGUGAUGAAAAUGGAAGAGUGGGAGAACAUGCGUAUUAGGUGUGUUGCACUUGGACUGGUUUCAAGUGCAAAAGACGCCAAAUACGUACGUGAUGUUUUUUGGGCAAAUAUCAAACGGGCGACACUGGCUAAAAGGGACAACUCCAGAAAGACAGGGGCGGCUGGAGGCAGGGGCUGUAAAUUAUCCGAGUUGGAUACCCUGGUCUUAGAAGUGAUUGGGAAGGAGUCACCAACCUGCGAUGGUAUUCGGCCCCAAGAGAAUGAUGGUGAGGAUAUGUCAUUGCAAGAUUUGAUUGGCAUCACAUUAAAUGAAAGCAAUGACAGUAACUCACCGUUGGUAAUUACGGAAGUGACUGCUACCAAGAAGGAAGAAAAAUAAGUGUCUAUGCCUGAGAGCUCCCGAAAAAGAAAGCGAUGUAUGGAAAAUGG